AUGCCAGGGCAAACAGGGAGCUUGUGGCGGAGCCAGGAGUGGGGCCCAUUCCACAGAUCCCGGUGCAGCGCGUCCUCCCGCCCGCCCCAGCCUUGCUGCGGGCAGGGGAAUGGCAGCGGCUCUGCCGUGGGCUCUGCCUUUGGUCCUGAAGGUGGAAAAUGCACCAGGGAACUGGCUUCCUGCGUGCGCCCCGUCUUCCACCCCAAAGAGGGUCCCCAUGGUCUGAAGACCCCCAGCAACUGUGAGCUGGUGGUGGGGGGCGAGCCGCAGUGCUGGGCCGAGGGCCGCUGCCUGCUCUUCGACGACUCCUUCCUGCACACGGCGUUCCACGAAGAAUAUCCGAAGUGCAUGAUUUCUACACGCAUCGAGUAUCUGGAAGCCGACCCUGAGGGAGCAGGCUGGCUUGGUAACUGUCUUACGAGCACACAACCACCUCCCAAAACACCCAGCGAGGAGACGGCAGGAUCUCCCUCGGGGGAGCGGAGCAGCCGGGAGGUGCCUGGCAGCCCUGCCUGCGUUUCGCGGCUGCUCCUGGAGAACGAGGAGGGGAAACACGCCGUGGAGGGCUCGGCCACGCUGUUCUACAUGGUGCACUGCGGGAAGGCCCUGUACAACAACCUGCUCUGGAGGAACUGGUCUGCGGGGGCCCUGGCCAGGAUGGUCAUCGUCGGCAACAGCUUUAAGGGAAUCGAGGAAAGAUUGUUGUCAAGAAUAUUGGAGAGAGAUUAUUCUUACAUAGCAAAGGUCUUGAAAGGGACGGAGGAAGUAGCACUCCCCGCUCACCCUCGGUACCUGGACACCUUUAACGACACCUCUGUCCACUGGUUCCCCCCGCAAAAACUGAAGGAACUGUCCCCCGAGGUCUGGGACUUCAGGGAGGAGCCGACGUACAAAGACUGCGAGGACUUGGAGAUCAUCAGGAGGGAGGAGAGCGCUGGCGGGCGCAGUCCUGCUGCAGAGUCCUGAGCGUGCCACGGCGGGGGGCUGGGGGCCGCGGCUCUUCCUCCCCCCGCGGCUCCUGCGCAGCUGUGGAGCUCAGGCACCGGCCGUGUCCUCGUGCUUGGCCUGAAGUGGCAGCACCCGAACACUGAGCGUGCUGGGACGUUUUUGUAUCUUAUUUAAUAAAAGGCAAAGCUGUGCUCUGACUUGCACUCACUUCACUAUGGCAAACACAUUUAACUAAAAGCUGGCUUUUAAACCAUCCCUGCUGCAGAAGGAUUGCUCUUUUGGUCCCCUCCCCUUUCAGGAACAGGUGAUGUACUGUGCACACGCUGAAGCAUCAGGAGGGGGAAAUUACUUGAGAGGGGUUUGUAGUUUUCAGGUAGCAGUGUCUGGUUCCAAAUGCUGGCUUGGAAAAGCUUUCUGCCAGGGAGGGCCUUCAGCUGCCCUGUGCUGCUGAAAUCAGCGCUUUGUUCUGGGGAGAAUCAGGUUAUCUUCCAGGGGGAACAAAGCUGUGGUUUCUCUCCCUCACCUCUGCGCCCUGAAGUGCUGUGGUCCCGCAACAAAACUGAAUUUGCAGGGAAAAACAGGCCAGGUCCCAGCUCUGCCUGGACAGGGCAGAGGGCCCCCGGCACGGCCCCCAGCACACCCGCAGAGGUGGGACCAGCCCUGGCUGGGCACAGUGGAGAUGUACUCGCUGCGCGGGGCAGGAACUCACUGCCAGAGUGGAGCAGGGGCAAGCUGUGACACCUCUGUCAUGGGAAUCCUCUGGGCCUGGGCCAGCCUGGCCCUCACUCGCCUGCUGUGGGCACAGUCACAUCCUGCAGUCCCUUCGAAGCUGGUGAUCAACCUCUAUCAC